CAAAUUUAUUUUUGGAACCAGUUGAAGACACACGAGAUGUCGAAAUAUCGUUCACUCGAUAACAACGGCACUCUUCUUUUAAUUUUAACUCUAUAUCUUCAGGAGGAACUUUUACAUCUCCACCUACAAAAACACCAACAAAAGAUCUAGCCACCUGGCAUUAAUACUAUAACGUCAGCAUCAGAAAAAAGUGCAGCAACGUCAUUACUAACAUCAGAACGGCUUCAGAAGCUAUUCAGCUAUAUUUUCUGUAUGUUUAGUGAAGCGCAUGUCUCAAUUAAUUCAAGGAGCUUUUGUGUUUUCACUUCAGUGGAGAAAUACUGGCAUACAAGUAAACAAGCUUUAUUUGAUUGAAUGCUACUGAAAGCAGGGGACAGUCUAUGGGUUUUGGACAUUGAUGGAUAUACGUGAGUCUGUAAGUAAUACUGAUAAAAGAACACAUGAGUGAGAGCCGUGGCAAGUACAAGCGUUUAUAAAGUGUCCUAACAUAUAUAGACUCUGCUGUGGUUAAUAGAGGAAAAUAUUGACAGUAGAAGACAGGAGGGGCAGCAAAGGCAAAUUGUGGCAUUAAUGAACAGUCCUGUGAUCAACUCCUCACAUAACCACCUAAAGAGUGUAGGGGCGGCCCUCAACCUCAGUGAAAAUCAAGAAUUUGAUGAAGCUUACUACAAGCCUUUGCCACCUGGCUAUUCCUAUGGUUAUCUUCAGACAACUCCAUCGGAAAAAUUCUAUAAGAGAGAAAGUCUACUGCAAUGUGCCGUCAUCGCUCUGAACAGCCAAUCAGAAUACUUUACUUACAACAAAGUCAGCCAUGUUUGUAAGAAUUACUCGCCGAAAGAUAUAAUGACAGUCGUCAGCGCGAAUGACAGCAACGAGAUUUCCUUCUACAGAAAUAGCCAGUGGAUUAGAAUAUAUGCCUUAUCAGUCGGAGCCGGUUCGAAAGUCUAUGAUUCAUUUAUAAAUAGAGGAAGUACUUCAACCUGGAAAGUAGACGAAUGCAUUGGUACCUUUUGUCCUAACUUCUUCCGACAUCCUAUCCUUGAUUUCUGGAACUAUCUUCCAAUUGAUGAGGUGAAAUUGGUGAUAUUUAAGAACCAAUCAGAUGCAGUAACUAUGACAUUUAAUGGACGAAAUACAAGCCUUGAAAGCUGGUUCUCUCGCGAAAACUUGAGAAGUUCACCGUGGAACGACCUAGCUUCAGCCACAGGACCUAUUUUCUCACUUGAGGGACGUUGGUCUAAACGUCGUGUAUAUAUUGGGAAAGAACCUUAUUAUAACUGCAGCCUGGCUCAUGGCUGGCUACUCGUCGUUGAGACUCAACUUCAAUGUGACCUUGAUAUCAAAGAUCACUACCCUGCAAUCCUCUAUUCUGAUAAAAAAUCUAAUGUCACAUGGAGUAAAGGUUUCGGAUUAGCAGAUUCCUUCGCUGUAUUCAUCCACCUGAGGCAGUAGAACUAACCCAGCACAUGAUAUCCAUUGAUACUACUGAUGUUGUUAACGUCCAUCCAAUCCAGCUGACCACCACUAAUGAUCAACAUAAGUCAAGUAUUACCUGUUAAUAAAGAA